AUGCCCUCUCCCUCUGGCGCUGACGCCCCCACAUCACAAGACUCGUCUCAAUCGCAAAACAGCGCGUCAUACCAGAACGGCGCGGUCCAGCAGCCCACCCAUGCUUCCUCUGCCGCCUCGAGCUUCGAUGCGGCGGGCGACAACAACGCGAUCCGCGACGGCAAGCAAAAGGCCAAGGCAGUUCUCGCUGCCUCGGGCAUGAACAUGGACUCUCCCACAGUAGACGGCGUCAAUGGCGCGUCCCGCAAGCGCUCACAUUCAGGCUCGCGCAAGCCUUCGACCGCCCCGACCCAGGAGCUCACCGAGGACCAGAAGACGCAGCAGACCGCGCUUCUCAAUCGCUAUAUUGCCCGCGACCUGUUGGACAGCGUCAACAAGUACGAGCGCAGCAAAUACUCAGAGAAGGUUUACGGCGAAUUGAACGAUCUUCGCGACUUCUACCGUGAAGAAGUCUUCCCUGUGCGCCGGCAAAACCCUGGUGCCAUCUUUGGAUACGGCUACGGCGGCUAUGGCAAUGGCAUUACCGACCUGCAGACAAACCCUCGAGAUCCGCGAUCACAGCUACCGCACCUGCUGUAUCCCAGCCAGGCGAAACGCGCCGGACGACGUGCGGCGCCGCAAUUGAAAGUGGAGAAGGAGAAGGGCGCGCAACAAGCUGAACAGGUUGAAGAAUUGGUCCCAGUGCGCUUGGAGAUUGAAUUGGACAGACUGAAACUGCGAGACACAUUCACAUGGAACCUCCACGACCGCGUUACGGACCCUUUGCUUGUCGCACGGACACUUGUCGAAGACUUCCAAAUCCCACCAGAACUGCAUCAGAAUGUAAUACACCAGGUCGAUCGCGAAAUCCGUGAGCAAAUCCAGGAUUACUACCCCCACGCCUUCUUCGACGAUGAACCGCUCGAUUCGCAACAACCGUACUCGGCAUACAAGAAUGACGAGAUGAGGAUAUUGAUCAAGCUGAACAUCACGAUCGGACAGCAUACGCUGGUGGAUCAGUUUGAGUGGGAGAUCAACAACGCUCUGAACUCUCCGGAGCAGUUUGCAAGACAGAUGGCUGCUGAUCUUUCCCUUAGCGGAGAGUUUGUGACAGCAAUUGCGCACUCAAUACGAGAGCAAUGCCAGAUGUUCACAAAGAGUCUGUAUAUUACUGGUCAUCCAUUCGACGGACGACCAGUGGAAGAUGCAGACAUCCACGACAACUUCCUUGCGUCUCCGUUACCUUCGGUGUUCCGACCCAUGCAAUCGACGAAGGACUUCCAGCCCUACCUGUACGAAUUGAGUCACACAGAGUUGGAGCGAGCAGAGCUGUCCAUCAUGCGUGAACAGCGGCGACAGAAACGAUCAGUCAACCGACGCGGGGGGCCUGCAUUACCGGAUCUCAAGGAUCGCCAACGAACGGUUCGGACUCUGGUUGUUUCUUCCGUUCUUCCUGGGGCGGCCGAAACACUGGAGGAGAGCCACCUAUUCAAGGCGACAAGGAAAGCGAGGGAAGGCCGCAGACGUGGAGCUGAUGACGAUUCAGACGACUCCGAUAGUGACGAUUCGGUUAUGGAGUCACCAGCGCCGGCGCAGAUUACUGGCGGAACUGCACGAACAAGAGGUAUGCGUGGAGCAGCAGUGUCAGCGCAAGCAGCGAUGAGGUCGGCUAUAGGGCGGUCAGCAACUCCAGAGAUCGCUCAACUUCAACAAGAGACUCGAGAGCACCGCUCAACGAGGACGCAGAGAUAUGAAGCACGGGAAGAGAGCGUAUCAGAGCCUACUACGCUUAUUGUCAAGCUUCGCAUAUCGCCCGCGAAGCUCAGAGAGUGGCAGAGGAACCCAAGGGCAUUCGCAAAGCCUGCAUCUACGCCCAUGAUGGCACCCACAUCUCUACCAGCACGGGGUACACCUAGCGCCAACUCCAUGCCCCCACCUCCUUCGCCAGCUAUGGUACCAAGCUCAAAACCUGCUGAAGCUUCGCCGCGACCGCCUUCUACGCCUACACCCAAGCCUCAGCCGAAGCAGUGGCAGUACAAGCCUGACGGGUCAUUAGACGCGCCAUGGCCGGCGCCAGCUCAAUCACAAACACCUCCCCCUCCAACAUGGGUGCAACAAGCCCUUCAAGACCUCCGCGACCGCAACCCCGAUCACAAAUUCGAAUCCAUCAUGCGCUACGUUGUCAUGAACGAAGCCCACGAGAACCGCGAAACCGGCAAGAUCGAGCCCAAAGCUGUCAAGCUUGACGGCCUCUCCCUCAGCGACCCUCUACCGCCGAACCACAAGGCCUAUUACCUUCCAAGGAUACGCUGCCAGGACUGCCCAGGAAAGCUUUACAAUGCAGGCCCGGGGCAGACGGUAACGAACUUCGAGUUGCAUCUUAAGAACAGGCAGCACAUGAGCAAUGUGUCAAACAGAAUCGGGCGACCUGUCUCGUAG